AAUGACCCAAACUUUUAUGUGCAUGCUAAUCCCCAGAAAUCUUGUUAAAAUGCAGAUUCUAACUCCUCAGUCCUAGGAGUCAGAAUCCCUGGAUGUGUGUACUCUAAUCACCUCCCAUAGGUGCUGGCAAUCACAAGGCCAGCCUUGAUGUGUGUAAGAAGUGACAAAUAAAUGUGUUUAUAUCUAAAGAUCUAUGAGUCCUCAUAUAUAAUCCCUUAAGUUUCAGUUGGCCUCUAAGAAGGUAAUCAUGGAACCAAUAGGACCCCCUAAUAAAGCAGUAAAUGCACAGAUAUACACCUCUUUUUAUCCUUGAGAGGAUGGAAAUUGAAACAAACUGAAGAUCCAAAAUGCCUUCCAACUCCUGCUUAGUACCAUUUUAAUGGCACACUCUAAUCAGAAAUGGAUGAUUGACUUAAUUAAAUGGCUCACCUAUUUGUUUCUUAUUGUUUUCCUAUAUAAAACUUAAAAGCACUCUCACAUCUCAAAUGAAAGAAAAGGAGACACACUGCUUUGUCACAGAGUUAAAAAUUUUUUUGAUGGCAUGGGUCGAGUACUGUACUUAGGCUUUGAUGCUUUCAGAAUUGGUUGAACUAUGUAAGCCUCUUUGCUUCUAUAGUCACUUAUCCCAGACUGUUAACAGUUCUUGAGUUAUUAAGGUUUUGUGUCUCCUCUGUUGUUUUCUCAUUAUUAGCAGUUCUGUCCCUUCUAAUCUGAUCUUGGCUUGGAAAUCUGGACACCAACCUUAUUAGUAAGAAUGAAUAGCCUUUGGGAGGAAUGGGCUUGAGGAUACUCACUAGAUAGUUAAGCCCCAGGUGGAUCAAGUGUUUCUGCUGGAGGUUAGAAGCAAAACUCAUAAAAAGAUACUAAGAUUUCUCUCAUUAGUGACUAAAUCAGAGAGGUACACAGUCUGCAUUCAAGUCAUGAAUAAGCAAUAAAAGGGAUAAAUGAAAAAUUGGAAUUAGCUCAGAAGUAUUUGAAUGAGAUCCUCAUCUAUUUGGCUUUAAAAUUUUUUUAGGUUUUAUGUAUUUUACUCAAAUGGAUGAGGUUAUUUCAGCAGAAGUGCUUUCUAUCCUAUGAAUAUGGCAACAAAAUGGCUCAGCAAGUUCAAGAAAACAUCAAUUUUCCUGCUGAAGAAGAGAAAAUCUUGCAGUUCUGGUCCAAAUUUAAUUGCUUUCAGGAAUGCUUAAAACAAUCAAAACAUAGGCCAAAAUUUACCUUCUAUGAUGGGCCUCCUUUUGCUACUGGACUGCCUCACUAUGGACAUAUACUCGCAGGGACAAUUAAAGAUAUAGUAACAAGAUAUGCUCACCAGAGUGGGUUUCAUGUUGACAGAAGAUUUGGAUGGGAUUGUCAUGGCUUACCAGUGGAAUAUGAAAUUGAUAAGACACUGGGAAUCCGAGGACCAGAGGAUGUAGCCAAAAUGGGGAUUGCGGAAUAUAACAAUCAGUGCCGAGCAAUUGUAAUGAGAUACUCUUUUGAGUGGAAGUCUACUGUUACCAGACUUGGGAGAUGGAUUGACUUUGACAAUGACUACAAGACGCUGUAUCCACAAUUCAUGGAAUCUGUCUGGUGGGUCUUCAAACAACUCUAUGACAAAGGGCUUGUUUAUAGAGGUGUGAAAGUCAUGCCCUUCUCCACUGCAUGCAACACUCCACUUUCCAACUUCGAAUCUCACCAGAAUUAUAAGGAUGUUCAAGAUCCUUCAAUAUUUGUAACUUUCCCUUUGGAAGAAGAUGAAAAUAUAUCUUUGGUUGCUUGGACAACCACUCCCUGGACUCUACCUAGUAAUCUUGCCCUCUGUGUUAAUCCAGAUAUGCAGUAUGUGAAGAUUAAAGAUGUUGUCAGAGGAAAAAUACUCAUUUUAAUGGAAGCCCGAUUAUCAGCCCUCUAUAAAGUGGAGAGUGACUAUGAGAUCCUGGCUCAAUUUCCUGGUAUCUACCUCAAAGGCAAGAAAUACAAGCCUCUGUUUGACUAUUUUGUGAAGUGUAAAGAGAAUGGUGCUUUCACAGUGCUUGUUGACAGCUAUGUGAGGGAGGAAGAAGGCACAGGGGUUGUGCACCAGGCUCCUUACUUCGGUGCUGAUGACUAUCGUGUCUGUAUGGAUUUCAACAUCAUUCGGAAAGACUCUCCCCCUGUUUGCCCUGUGGAUGCUUCAGGCUGUUUCACAGCAGAAGUGAUCGACUUUGCUGGACAGUAUGUGAAGGAUGCUGAUAGAACCAUCAUCAGGAUCCUGAAAGAACAGGGCCGACUUCUUGUUGCCGGUACCUUCACUCACAGCUAUCCUUUUUGCUGGAGGUCAGACACACCCCUCAUUUACAAAGCAGUACCCAGCUGGUUCGUGCGAGUGGAACACAUGGUGGAACAGCUGCUGAGGAAUAAUGACCUGUGUUACUGGGUCCCAGAGUUUGUACGAGAAAAAAGAUUUGGAAAUUGGCUGAAGGAUGCACGUGACUGGGCAAUUUCCAGAAACAGAUACUGGGGCACCCCUAUCCCUCUGUGGGCCAGUGAGGACUUCGAGGAGGUAGUAUGCAUUGGCUCAAUGGCAGAACUUGAAGAACUGUCAGGGGCAAAGGUCUCGGAUCUCCACAGAGAGAGCAUUGACCAUCUGACCAUCCCUUCACGCUGUGGGAAGGGGUCAUUGCAUCGCAUCUCGGAGGUGUUUGACUGUUGGUUCGAGAGUGGCAGCAUGCCCUAUGCUCAAGUGCAUUAUCCAUUUGAAAACAAGAGGGAGUUUGAGGAUGCAUUUCCUGCAGACUUCAUUGCUGAAGGCAUUGACCAAACCAGAGGAUGGUUUUAUACACUGCUGGUGCUGGCCAGUGCUCUCUUUGGACAGCCACCUUUCAGGAACGUGAUUGUGAAUGGACUCGUCCUGGCGAGUGAUGGCCAGAAAAUGAGCAAACGAAAAAAGAAUUAUCCGGACCCACUUUCAAUCAUCCAGAAAUACGGUGCUGAUGCCCUCAGAUUAUAUCUGAUUAACUCCCCUGUGGUGAAAGCAGAAAACCUGCGCUUUAAGGAGGAGGGUGUGCGUGAUGUCUUGAAGGACGUGCUUCUCCCUUGGUACAAUGCCUACCGUUUCUUCAUCCAGAAUGUCCUGAGGCUACAAAAGGAGGAAGAAGUGGAAUUCCUCUACAAUGAAAGCAUAGUUAAAGAAAGCACCAACAUCACAGACCGCUGGGUCCUGUCCUCCAUGCAGUCACUCAUCGGGUUCUUUGAGACUGAAAUGGCAGCUUACAGGCUCUACACUGUGGUCCCUCGCCUGGUCAAGUUUGUGGAUGUUCUGACCAAUUGGUAUGUCAGGAUGAACCGCAGAAGAUUGAAGGGUGAAAACGGGAUGGAGGAUUGUGUUAUGGCUCUAGAGACCUUGUUUAGUGUUCUGCUUUCUCUGUGCAGACUGAUGGCCCCCUAUAUACCGUUUCUUACUGAAUUGAUGUACCAGAAUCUAAAGAUGCUGAUCGACCCUGUUUCAGUCCAGGACAAGGACACACUCAGCAUCCACUACCUCAUGCUGCCCCAUGUUCGAGAGGAAUUGAUUGACAAGAAAACUGAGAGUGCAGUGUCAAGAAUGCAGUCUGUGGUUGAACUUGGGCGAGUGAUUCGAGACCGAAAAACUAUUCCGAUAAAGUAUCCUUUGAAAGAAAUUGUGGUUAUCCAUCAGGAUCCUGAAGCUCUUAAUGAUAUCCAGUCUUUGGAGAAGUGUAUCAUUGAGGAAUUGAAUGUUCGAAAAGUUACACUGUCUACAGAUAAAAACAAGUAUGGCAUUCGCCUAAGGGCAGAACCGGAUCACGUGGUCCUGGGGAAGCGUCUGAAGGGAGCCUUCAAGGCAGUGAUGGCGUCCAUCAGGCAGCUGAGCAGUGAGGAGCUGGAGCAGUUCCAGGAGAGCGGGACCAUUGUUGUGGAAGGCCAUGAAUUGCAUUCAGAGGACAUCCGCCUCAUGUACACCUUUGAUCAGGCAGCAGGAAAGACAGCACAGUUUGAAGCACACUCAGAUGCUCAGGCUUUGGUUCUCUUAGAUGUCACUCCUGACCAGUCAAUGGUGGAUGAAGGAAUGGCUCGGGAAGUCAUCAAUCGCAUCCAGAAACUGCGCAAAAAGUGCAAUCUGGUUCCAACUGAUGAAAUAACAGUUUAUUAUCAUGCAAAGUCUGAAGGCAAGUAUCUGAAUAAUGUUAUUGAAAACCACAUGGAGUUCAUAUUUGCCACCAUAAAGACUCCCUUGAAAUCAUAUCCAGUUUCUACAUCAGAUAAAAUCCUUAUUCAAGAAAAAACACAGAUAAAGGGGUCUGACUUGGAAAUUACACUCACCAGAGGAUCAUCCAUGGCUGGCCCUGCUUGUGCAUAUGUCAAUCUUAACAUUUGUGUCAGUGGCAGUGAGCAAGUUGGAGUAUUACUUCUGGAAAAUCCAAAAGGUGAUAAUACAUUGGACCUCUUAAGGCUGAAGAGUGUUGUUAGUGGAAUUUUUGAUAUAAAAAAUAUGGAGCUGGCUGUCUUCCAUGGUGAAACAGAAAUACAAAACCAAACCGACUUACUGAGUCUUCAUGGAAAGACACUCUGUGUAACAGCAGGACCAGCUCCUGCUAUGACAGACCGCCCAGGUGCUCUAUUCUGCCAGUACAUCAACCUGCAGCUCCUGAACUCAGACCCACAAGAGUGUUUAAAGGGAACACUGGGCACUCUCCUGCUUGAAAACCCUCUUGGGCAGAAUGGACUCACCUACCAAAGUCUUCUGUGUGAAGCAGCCAAGGUGUUUGGCCUUCGGAGCAGGAAGCUAAAGCUGUUUAUGAAUGAGGCUCAAAUGGAUGAAAUUACAGAAGAAAUCCCCAUGAAGACUUUGAACACGAAGACUGUGUAUGUUUCUGUAUUACCAGCAGUGGCAGAUUUGUAACACUGAGUUAUCAGUGUGGUCUGGUCAGCUACACACACAUGCUGAAGGUAUUUCCCUCAAGUGAAUAUAUAUACUCUGAUUUUGGUCUUAUGUUGAAAUGGGAUUGAUUCUUCAAGUGACUUGAAACCUCACAGUAGUACUCACACUUUACUGUUAGAAACUGUGCAGUCUGUGGAAGGUUACAGUGUUACCUCAGCACUACAGAGUUUAUUUCCAUACUUAGUGAUUCUUUAGUGUAGGAGGUAGAGGUGAUUUAAAUGGCAUAGUAUACAUAUUCUGUGCUAUGGCCUUUUAAAACUUGAGACCUCCUGAAGGAAUGGACAAUGUUAAAUAUUUCUGCUACCUGGAUUUUCUGGGAUAGUUUGACAGAAUAUUUUAAGUUUCUGUAAGUCAGAACAAUAAAUACUUUCUCCCAGAUAA